CCCGUGAUGCCUCUGCUAGUAUUCCAAGAUGACGGAAACCAAUGCAUCGCCAGAAGAUCCUUGGAGCAAAGCAGAUAGCGCCUUCAGUGACAACGGAUUCGACCACAGCUUCUUUGCAGAGAGUGCAAGGAAGGGAACCGUGGUCUCCAGAGCCAAUAGCAUCGGCUCCACAAGUGCCUCUUCAGUACCAAAUACAGAUGAUGAAGACAGUGACUACAGGCACGAGACUUCCUACAAGGAUUCAUAUAAAGACCGGCGGAGACAAGCGCACACACAGGCUGAGCAGAAACGCAGGGACGCCAUCAAGAAAGGCUACGAUGAUCUGCAGUCAAUAGUACCCACUUGUCAGCAGCCGUCAGAGUUUGCCAUGGGGACGCAAAAAAUCAGCAAGGCCACCGUCCUGCAGAAAACGAUUGACUACAUCCAGUUUCUACACAAGGAGAAGAAGAAACAGGAGGAGGAAGUGUCCACCCUGCGAAAAGAAGUGAUGGCACUCAAGAUCAUGAAGACGAACUACGAGCACAUCGUCAAGGCACACCAGGACAACCCGCAGCAGAGCGACGAGCAGGUGUCGGACCAGGUGAAGUUCAGCAUAUUCCAGAACAUCAUGGACUCGCUCUUCCAGUCCUUCAGCGCCUCGGUCUCGGUCUCCAGCUUCCAGGAGCUCUCUGCCUGCGUCUUCAGCUGGAUCGAAGAGCACUGCAAGCCCCAGACUCUGCGGGAGUUUGUGGUGGGGGUGCUUCAACAGCUGAACGGUCAGCUCUACUGACGGAGCGAAGCUUCUGCGCUGGAUUCCCACCCCGCCCCCCCAAAAUGGAGCCAUGUCCUGUUCUGGGCCCUCAGGGAGUAGAUGAAUCUCCACCCCAUCGCCACCUGGCCUCUCCUCCUCAGUAUUUCAGCUGUCUGCGCCACGGAUAGGCAACUUUAGCGCUUUAGUUCAGUCAGGUCCGAAACUAGUCCACUGCGGUCUCAGCUCGCGUCUAAUUGAAACCACUGGUAUAAGCCAGUUGCUAAUUGAGAAGCGCGUAUAAACCUCCCGGACUCUGGCCCUGGAGGACUGGAGUGGCCCACGCCUGGUCUGUAGUGAAGUGUUUUAUUUCCAGGCUCUUCUUCAUACUUGGUAUAUACAAGGGUGGUUUCCUCUUUGUGAGCCAUUACAGUGAUAUCAGUAUUUUCUGUCGGUGUGUGUGUGCGUUUCCGUUCCGUUUGUUACGGCAGUGUGCGUUAUUUUUCCGUUACCUCCGUUCGACACACCCGAGGGGGUGGCCCCACGGGGAACUUCAUAAUGUGAUGCUGUUUUUCUUUGACUUUCAUGCUUUUGGGAGCGUUUCAGCCAUCCACAUAAUCACUUUGGACAUGCGUUCGUAUCUGGAUAACUACAUGUCUCUAUCCCUGUGUUCCUGCACACGCAAGCAGUCAGAGUUACUCGCCUGAGAGAGGUUUGUAUGGUCAUUAAAACUGGAUUAUGAGAAUUUUUCUGAGUUCCCCAGGCUCUGCCCACGUACCUUGGCUGCAGUUAAGUUAGGUGACUUUGAUGUCCAUCCAAUGACCUACAUCCACGCCUCCUCAAACCACACCUGCACACUGCAAGUGGUAGUAUCUUGCUAUCGAGUGCCUCCAAAGUGGCCCACCAACACCAGUCACAGGAAGGCUUUCAGUUUGCGUGUGCAGUCCAGAUCAAAAAGCAUUGCCCGGUUUCGGAAUGCAUUUCUCUGCUGAGUACAUCUUUUAGACUCCCUCUGUCUGUACGUAUGUAUGUAUAUGUGUUGCUACUGCUGGAUCAAUCAAAUGGAACAUUUAAGCUACUAGAACUCAAGUGCUGUGACCUUCAGUUCCAAACACUUUUUAUCAAGUUGAAAAGCUGAAGUUUGUAAACAAGCAGUCUUGUAAUGAGACAACAACCCACGUAAUUACAGAUUCACAUUAAAAUCAUAUGGCAGACUGAUUGGUUUUAAAAUUCAGAGCUCUAAUCUGGAUUUUGUUUUAUUAAUGGAAUUGUAGUCUUGAUAAGAUUUUUAUAUAUUAACUGUGUCAUCUCAGAAUCAGAACAUUGGGCGUUUUCAUUGCUAAAUGCCGCUUUUAGUAUUUUUUUUUUUUCUUUUUGCAGCCACUGUAGAAAAAGUGAAAUUCAUCAUUGAAUGUCUCUCAGUGAGAACACUGACAAAUAUACAUUUCUUUAAAAGGAUGCAUUUGCCAUAUUUUAAUGGAUUUGCUUUAUUGGGGCCCCAAACAUACUUGCAACAUCUUCAACAUACAUCACAUAAUGUAAAGCAGACUUUGAAUGAAUAAUACUCAUCUGAGAUUUCCUAUUUUCAGGGUAUUUUGGAGAAUUAAACUGCCUGUGAACUUUUAAAGGGGUGGUUUUGUAUGCUAUUUCAACAGAAAGUGGUGAAAAUCUUAAAUAUAAAUAUGUAUGCUGGUAGGAAUAUUACAGGGCCUUCAUUUUCAUGAUGAUUUACUGAUAUGGACAAGAGAAU